AUGCCUCGCGUCUUUUUCAUCACCGGCACAUCCACUGGCUUCGGAAAUCACCUGGUCCAAGAAGUUCUUGAUCGGGGUGACAUCGCAGUCGCGACAGCUCGAAAGCCGGAUACACUUGAAUUCAAGGGAACCUCAGAACAGAAUUUCCUGGCAGUAAAACUUGAUGUAACAAAACAAGAGGACAUCGAUGCCUCAUUCAAGACUGCGCUGGAUAAGUUCGGCCGUGUCGACGUAGUUGUCAACAAUGCCGGCUAUGGACUUUCAGGACCCUUUGAGGAGCUCAAUGAGCAGCAAAUCAGAACCCAAAUGGAAGUUAACUUCUUCGGACUCAUCUCCGUCACGAGGAAAGCGCUGGAAGUCAUGCGUGAUCAGAAGCCUUCUGGAGGAUUGAUACAGCAGGUUACAUCGAUUGGUGGUCAGCGAGGUGUUCCGCUGUUUUCCAUCUAUUGCGCCAGCAAGUGGGCGGUAGAAGGCUUCACAGAGGCCCUGAGCAAGGAGGUCAAGCCUGAGUGGGGCAUCAAAUUUACUUGUAUUGAACCAGGAGGAUUCCGAACCGACUGGGCAGGCCGAUCAAUGGCAUUCCCAGAGAAAAGACACCCUGCAUAUGAUCAUUUGGACGCAAAGAAGAUGAUGAAUGAUAGAAAUGGUACGCAAGCCGGCGAGCCCAAGAAAGGAGCUCAGGCGAUGUAUGAAUUUGCGAUUAUGAAGGAUCCUCCACUUCGUGUGGUUAUUGGUACCGACGCUUAUCAGGGAAUCUUGGGUAAGCUCAAGGAGUAUGACGAGAAUUAUAAGAAGUAUGAGAAGUUGUCCAACAGCACGGAUGUGGAUGGAUACAAGGCUCCUAGUUGA